AUGGACGAAGUCCAAGGAAAACGUGUAAAAACUCAUGACACUAGGUCAAAGUCUAUUAACAAAGGAGAGAACAUAAACAUCAUUCAAGAAAGCCCAAUAACUAGGAUAAACACAGAACAAGGACAGGAACUAAUCGUAGCUACCUCAAAUAACAAGUCGAUUGAUUGGUCAGAGGAUGUGGACUUGGAGUUCUCUGUGGGUGAAGACCCAACAGACACGAGCUCAAGUAACUCUGACGAAACGGAAAAUUCGUCGGGAAAUGAGAAAGAACUUUCUGGAAAGAUAAUGGAAAGUUCUGACAUAAUGAAUAUUGAUAUGCAGAAUGAUAAUCUAAAUCAGGAUUUGGGUGGAACUACGCCAAUUUCAGAAAAAAAAGUCAUUAGAACACAAAAGUAUAAGGAAACAACCGAAUCUAUAACGUAUAGCGAAAAUAACCCAUACUUAUCAGAGGGAAUACAAGAUUCAAGCAUUGAGUCUAGUACUGAUAAUCGUGAGUUAGCGAGUGAAGAAAAUGAAAGAAAUUCAGAACAAGUGACGAAUAAAACAGUUGUUAAUGAUCGACCCAAUAAACAAGUACAAGACACCCUCAACUUACCACAUACUUCUGAAGGAGAAGAAGGAAAAAUAGUUGAUGUUUUGAAUAAUGAGUUGGUGGAGACAAGUGGGUCUGAAGAUGUGGGUCAAGUGCACAAGGAAGAUGUCGACAUGGAAUUAAUAGCAGAAAUGAUGAUAAAUUCGAAACAAGCAGUAAAUGAGGAAGGUUUCAUACAAGUAACUAGCAAACGAAAUAGAAAAAAAACCAGUACUCUGGUAGCAGAUAAAAGGAUUUCUCCUUAUGGGAAAAAUAAAGAUGCCAAGAAAGGCAGGGCUUCGUCAGGUAAAUGA